AGGGUCUCCAGCUGAUAGAGGAAACUCGCUACCUAUUAAACCCAAACACAGACACAUUCUAAUGCAGAUCAGCUGUGUGCAAACAAUACGGGAAUUGCAGCACUGAGCACUGGAGAGAGGAGAGUAGGGUUUGUUCUGGAAAUUUGUCUCAACUUAAAUUGAGAUAUCUGUAUCAUAUAGAUAUAGAUUUGAGGGAGUAUUAAGUACAAAGAGUGAGCAAAAGGAGAUCUUUGGUCAUAUGGAAUAAGGCUUCUCUGUGUGAGCAGAGUGCCCAUAGUGAAGUGUGCCCAAAUACACAUACCCUAUCUCCCUUGUCUUUAUUGUGGUUCUAACUGACCAUGGAGGUGUUGGAAAAUGGGGAGCAGAACCUGUUGCACUGGGAUCGAAAGCUGAGUGAGCUGUCAGAACUGGUGGACUCCGAUUCCCUGCUAAACAAUACGCACUUCACGGAGUUCCUGGAUGAGUUUUCGCAGGAUGUCCUAGGCCAGCUCUUGAAUGACCCCUUCAUGUCUGAGAAAAAUGAGAUGAUGGAAGUGGAGCUGUCCCCAGCAUCCCCAGCUCCCCUCAUCCAGGCAGAACACAGCUACUCCCUGUGCGGCGACUCUCGCCCCCAGUCCCCACUGACCCACGUUUCGACCGAUGACAACUUCAAUGAAGCUGAUCUAGAGAACGAGGAAUGGUGUCUGGGUGCAGAAUUGACUUCAGCAACAAUAAAAACUGAACCUGUGCUGUGUGAGGCGCCAGGCCUUACCCCCUCUGUCAGUCUCACCAUCACACCUGUACCCCUGGAAGGUGAAGAACCCCAGUUGCAAUCUGAUGCCAUGAUGAAACCGUUGAGCCAGAAGGUUCUUCCAGAGAUUAAAUUGGAGCCACAUGAAGUAGAUCAGUUCCUGAACCUGUCUUCUAAGGAAGCAAUGGAUCCACUGCACCUGCCUCCAACCCCUCCCAGCAGCCAUGGCAGUGACUCUGAGGGAGGGCAAAGCCCAACCAGGUCCCUCCCGCCUUCAAGCCCUGUCCAACUACAAGCCACAGCUAAAGUAACAUCACGCAUGGCUUCAGCACUCUCCAAUUCGCCUCUCCUGACAGCACCACAUAAAUUGCAAGGGACUGGUCCACUGAUCUUGACGGAGGAAGAGAAGAGGACGCUGAUAGCUGAGGGGUACCCUAUUCCUACAAAACUGCCCCUGACAAAGGCAGAGGAAAAAGCACUGAAGAAAAUCCGCAGGAAAAUAAAGAACAAGAUCUCUGCCCAGGAAAGUAGGAGAAAGAAGAAAGAAUACAUGGACAGCCUGGAAAAAAAGGUUGAGUCUUGUUCAAAUGAAAAUAGUGAGCUGCGUAAGAAAGUGGAAGUCCUGGAGAACACAAACAGAACUCUUCUGCAGCAGUUACAGAGACUCCAAGCCAUGGUUGCUGGCAAAGUGUCCCGUUCCUGUAAAGCAGCCAGCACACAGACAGGGACCUGUCUCAUGGUGGUGGUGCUGUGCUUUGCAGGCAUUUUUGGCAGCUUCUCUCAGAGUUACGGGCCCUAUCCUUCUGCCACAAAGAUGGUGCUGCCCAGCCAGCAUUCCACACCAGAGUCGUACACGGCCUCCAUUGUACGGUCAAGAAGUCUGCUAAUUUACGAAGAGCCCCGCCAACUGGAGGAGCAGUACAGUUCAAUCUCCUUUGCAGAUCGCAGUGAUGUCUGGGAUAGGCGCAUGGACGCCUCCAAACACACAGCACUAUCUCUGGAAUCUGUGCCGGGGGCACAGCAGGACAAAGUCACACACUUCACAGUAGCCAAUGAGACAAGGCUAGAGAAAUCAGUGGUGCUGGGGCUGCAGCCGCACAGGGUCAGCUCAGAGCUGGAAGUGAAUGAAACGCUGAAAAUAAUUGAAAUUGAUAGACGAGUUAAUGCCACUUCUUAAAAGAGGCCUCCCUCCCCCCCCCCCCCCAUUAUCCUCCCUUCUUUCCAACCCAAGCCCCACCCCUUCCUCUGGACUCAUCACCAUCAGGGAACCAAAGGGCAAAAGAGAGAGAGUCUGCCAACUUCUGAUUUGGCUGAAGAGUCUGUGACUUGAGUCAGCAGCAGUUGUCCUCGUUCUGUCCUUUCCUCCGGGCACACAAACCUGCUUCUGCUUUUACUGCUGUCCCUGACUGGUAAUACAAGGGUGUACAGCUGGUUGGUUUGUGUGUAUAUCCUAAUCAAGGGGCAGAGCCAUCGAAUGGAGGAUUAGGAUAAAUGUAACUGACGGGGGAACGUUUGUGGUAGGUCACGUGGGAGAAGGAAACUGAAAGAUACAGUGUGACACUGCUCAGGAUUUGGCCACAGCUCCAUGCCCAUCACUCUGGCACACUGGAGCUUUAUGGGGAGAGAAAUGUGUUCACAGUUCCCAUCCCUCCCACUGAGGGCAGAGAACAGACACUAGUCCUAUUGAGCCAACAGCACAGACAGGAGAGUCUGUUCAAUGGCAGUAUUGAUUUUUUUUUUUUCUUCUCCCUG